GCGACACUACAUGAGAGGGAGGUUGGCCAGAUCCCUCCACCCUCAUUCUCCAGGGUGGGCGCUGGGGAAGAAAGGAGCCAAGUGCAUCACGGGCUUCCUGGGGCCACAGCCCCCAGCGCAGUUCCUAAUUCUGCUCGCACUCGGGCCUCAGGCUUGGUGGAGCUGGGCACCGGGGAGUUGGUGGCAGCGCUGAGAGGUCCCCACUGCCCUGUCAUGGCAUCUGCUCUCACUGUCCUCCUCCUCGCUAAAGAACAGGAGAAGCUGCCUACUUGGACUUUAGUGAUCCUGUGCACAUCAUUGUAGCAGGGGCCUGCACCGACAGCCCCUCUGCCUGGUCUCUGUCUCACAUCACUUAUCUAAGAACAGCAUCGGCAGUGACUCUACCUGAGAAGGCGGUUGGUCAGGUUCCUCCACCCUCAUGCUCCAGGAUUUGGCCUGGAGAUUGCAGAGAAACCAUCUGAUGAGGAGAAAGGGGCCGAGUGUAUCACGGGUUUUCUGGGGCUGCAGCCCCCAGUGCAGUUCCUCAUUCCGCUCGCACUCGGGCCUCAGACUUGGAGGUGCUCAGCACUGAGGCGUUUGUAGCAGCGCUGAGGGGGCCCCCACUGCCCCUGUCAUGGCAUCUGCUCUCACCGUCCUCCUCCUCGGCUGCUGGCUGGCCGGGCACAACAGGGUGUGGGGAGAGCCCAGCUACCCCAAACCCAGCAUCUCCCUGAGCCCCAGCGGGGGGGUCUCCCUAGGGGGAGUCGUGACCGUCUGGUGUCGGGGGCAGCUCCGGGGCGUGCGGUUCAUGCUGAAUAAAGAAGGACGCCAUUUCCCACCUGUGGAUUCGGCCGGGUUUGAGGUUGUGUUUCCCAUCAGCAAUGUGAGCCGGGAGCACGGCGGGAACUACAGCUGCUCCUAUCACAGCAGAUCGGAGCCGUUCACCGUGUCGUACCCCAGCGACCCCGUGGAGCUGGUGCUGAGAGAUCCCAGCUUACCCAGACCCUCCAUCUCUCUGAGCCCCACUGGGGUCACCGCCCCAGGGGCAGACGUCACCAUCCGGUGUCAGGGACAGCGCCGGAACGUGACGUUCUUCCUGCACAAGGCUGGAGACCUGAACCCGCAGCGACAUAUGGACCCUGCUGGGGAUGGGGCUGAGUUCCACAUCCCCACCGUGGGCCAUCAGCAUGGAGGGAGCUACAGCUGCAGCUACCGGCCCCAAUCAGAGCCCUUUGUCUCCUCAGAGCCCAGCAACCCCGUGCAGCUGGUGGUAGCAGAGCCCAGCUACCCCAAACCCAACAUCUCCCUGAGCCCCAGGGGGGUCUCCCUGGGGGGAGCCAUGGCUGUCCAGUGUUGGGGGCAGCGCCAGGGAAUGCGGUUCGUGCUGAAUAAAGAUGGACGCCAUUUCCAAGCUGUGAACUCGGACAGGUUUGAAGUUGUAUUUUCCAUCAACAUGUCUCGGGAGUACAGUGGGAACUACAGCUGCUCCUAUCACAGCAGAACGGAGCCGUUCGCCGUGUCGUACCCCAGCGACCCUGUGGAGCUGGUGGUGAGAGCAGCCCCCCUGGAUUUCACCAAUGCCAACAUCGCCCGCCUGGCGCUCGGUGCCGUGGUCCUGCUCAUCUUGGGGCUGAUCCUGGCUGAGGCCUGUUAUAGCCGCCCAAGGGGGCACCCUAGGAGCCUGAAUCCAGCCAUGCAGGGAAGAGAAUCUCCCUGGGGGACAAGUGGCUUCCCCGUGGGGUGCUGAGACACCGGCACAAACCCCCUGCCCCCAAACACCCCUGCCUUAGAGAAUCUUCCCCCACAAACAGCUCUCGACCUGACAGCAGCACCCCAGGAUUGAACCCCCGAUGCCGUGUGUGACGUUGCACUCCAUACAUUUAUGGAAAUAUGCUUAUGAGUGUAACUAUGAUGUAACUGGAAUAUGCUUUAUGCAAAAGGUCUCUUGUAAGGUAUCAUUACAAAGCUUAUGAUCUACUGAGUGUGUUCAUCCUAUUCGUAUGAAUGUAUCUUUCUUGCAUCUAAAACUAGAAAUAUGAAAAGCAAGAGAGAGUCCUGUGGCACCUUUAAGACUAACAGAUGUAUUGGAGCAUGCAUCUGACGCAGU